AUGCGCCGCCAGAUGCAAGAACAUCAUCGAUACAUUGAAUACCAAUAUAGACUACUGAAGGCCGCAGAAAAAGCCAUUGGACUACAAGCAAGGAAGCUAGAGAGUCUGGCUGAGGCCGUUAAACCGCAAUGCGCCGCAAAAAAAAUGGGCCGUGUUGAGCAGAGUGAGUCAAGUGAUUACGAGCGCAAGUCGACAGAAGCGCCAUCAAUCAGGGACCAAUUUGCCCGUUCCUCCUGUCUACAGAGGCAGAUCCAAGGAGAAAAAGGAGUCUAUGGACAGUUACAUAAUUCACAUGAGAAGAAUUCAAGCCUUCAACGAAGGUACACAGACAAGGUUUUUUGUGAUCCUCUAAGAAAAGCGUAUUAUCUAAUGGCGCACGAGCUCGAUUAUACUGCUUAUUAUAAGCUGGAUACCGCGCUUGAUUUGGAAGCUAUUGUGCAGCAGGAGCCUAAGAAGGUGGUGGCAUAA